AUGGUUUUCUCGGACGUUACCCUGCUCACAAAAAUCUCAGCCUUCCUGGUUUUAUCUGCUGUAGUUUUGGAUAUCGUCUCUCUUGCGACUCCACAUUGGGAAAAUGGAACUUUAUUUGACAGUGGUUUGUGGGAGAUCUGUAAAGAGGCUUUAUCUGUCCGGAGUUGUUCUUCUAUACCAGAAGAUGUAAUAAGCGACAAGUUUCAGACAGUAAGAGCCUUUGUUAUAAUAGGAUGUAUUCUGGGUCUUCUAACAUUCCUCUUACUGAUUAUGUUCAUCUUUAAACAUACAGCCAAUCGGGUCAAGAAUGUUGUUAUUCUUUUAGCUGGUUUAGCAGGUAUCUGUACGUUGAUAGGAUUCUGUGUGUAUACAUCACUCGCCGAUUCUUAUGGAUACUCCUUUAUACUGAACGUGGUAGCAGGUGCCCUUUAUUUUGUAGUAACCAUUAUAAUGGCUCUGGAUCAAAGGACAUGUUAA